UUGCUAUUAUCCUCUCCUUUGAAACCGUUUCAACAUAUCACCAUGUCUACCGGUCUUGACAUUGUUCACACCGCUGGUGCUGCCCAGCCCGUCGGCCCCUACUCUCAGGCCAUCAAGGUCAACGGCCAGAUCUUCCUCUCCGGCCAGAUCCCCCUGACCAAGGAUGGUGUACUUAUUGAGGGUACUAUUGGCGAGAAGACCCGCCUCUGCUGCGAGAACAUCAAGGCUGUCGUUGAGGCGGCCGGCUCCAGCGUGGAGAAGAUCUUCAAGGUCACGGUCCUCCUCGCCGAUAUGGCCGACUUCGAUGAGAUGAAUCAGGAAUACGGCAAGUUCUUCGCCCAUAAGCCCGCUCGCUCCUGUUUCGCUGUGAAGCAAUUGCCCAAAGGUGUGCCCGUCGAGAUUGAGUGCAUUGCCUUGGCUUGAAUUAUGUGACUCUCACAGCGCUGUGUACAAUUGGGAUAGAUUGUACAUACAUGCAUGUGAACGGAACUCGGCCUAAAAGAAUGACCGUAUCACGCGACCUGCUUGUAUAUCUAUGUUGUAUCUUUAGAUGAGUGCGGUGUUCGACUGAGCCUAUUCAUUCAAUGCAGUCGACGAACUCUUCGUGACUCCGAGCUUUAAUGCGACUGUAGUUAACUAUCAUUGCACUAUGUCAUGACAUGGCUAAUGCCCAGAGAUCACGCCU